CAUUCCCAAAGAAGGGAUUAGGGGGCGGGGCCAAGAUGAAUUGUUAACGUGUGACUGAACUAUCUUGCUGAACGUAAACACAACCCUAGAAGAAGACGGGUUGAAGAUCUUCUGGUUUAUAUACUUGGUGGACCAGUCUGCCUGCGGGAAUGCUUAAUCAUCAAAGAUCUUUAUCUGAACUACCAAAGAUGUCGGGUCCAAGCCAAGCCGAGAGGGCUGUUUUGGAGGAGGAGUUUAACUGGUUGCUGAAAGAGGAGGUCCAUGCUGUUUUGAAGCAGCUCCAGGAUAUACUGAAGGAGGCAUCCAGGAGGUUCACCAUUCCCACCCCAGGACUGGAGAGCCAACUGAAACAGGAGAACUUUAUCCUGGGCAGCUCAACCAUGGACCAGGUGAAAGGAGUACUGACUCUACAGGGAGAGGCCCUGACUCAAGCUGACAUCAAUCUGAAAACUGCUAAAAGCAACCAUGCGAUGCAUUUCACAUUCAGGGAUGAUAAGCAGUGGAAAUUACAACAGAUCCAGGAUGCUAGGAACCAUGUGAAUCAGGCUCUGCAGCUGCUGAGUGGUAGAGAUGAGAGCUACCACUUUAAGACUGGGGCUGAGGUCAACAAGCUGAUGGACGCGGUGAUGCUCCAGCUGACCAGGGCUCGUAACCGCCUCACCACUCCGGCAGCCAUGACCCUGCCGGAGCUGGCCACUAGCGGCCUCAUGAAAAUGUUCACUCCUCCAAUGCCAGGCGAUGUGAUGGUGAACUUCUAUAUCAACCUGAGUAAGCUGUGUCUGACUGUCUACCAGCUGCACGCAAUGCAGCCCAACACCACCAAGAACUUCAGGCCAUCUGGAAGCUCUGUGUUACACAACCCUGGAGCCAUGUUUGAGCUGAACAAUGCUAAGUUUGAGGUGAGCCAGGUUCACAAGGUGGAGUGUGUUGUCCCCUGGCUCAACAACACCCUGGUCUUCUUCACCAUCUCACUGCAGCUCUGUCAGCAGCUCAAGGACAAGAUUUCCGUCUUCUCUAGUUUCUGGAACUACCGACCGUUCUAGCCUCCUGCAACUAGCUGACCGUCAGAAUGCCUAGGUGAUCUAACCUCCUGCAGCUAGCUGACCGUCAGAAUGCCUAGGUGUUCUAACCUCCUGCAGCUAGCUGACCGUCAGAAUGCCUAGAUGUUCUAACCUCCUGCAGCUAGCUGACCGUCAGAAUGUCUCGGUGUUCUAACCUCCUGCAGCUAGCUGACCGUCAGAAUGCCUAGGUGUUCUAACCUCCUGCAGCUAGCUGACCUCCUGCAGCUAGCUGACCGUCAGAAUGCCUCGGUGUUCUAACCUCCUGCAGCUAGCUGACCGUCAGAAUGCCUAGGUGUUCUAACCUCCUGCAGCUAGCUGACCUCCUGCAGCUAGCUGACCGUCAGAAUGCCUAGGUGUUCUAACCUCCUGCAGAUAGCUGACCGUCAGAAUGCCUCGGUGUUCUAACCUCCUGCAGCUAGCUGACCGUCAGAAUGCCUAGGUGAUCUAACCUCCUGCAGCUAGCUGACCGUCAGAAUGCCUAGGUGUUCUAACCUCCUGCAGCUAGCUGAACGUCAGAAUGCCUAGGUGUUCUAACCUCCUGCAGCUAGCUGACCGUCAGAAUGCCUAGGUGUUCUAAUCUCCUUCAGCUAGCUGACCGUCAGAAUGCCUAGGUGUUCUAACCUCCUGCAGCUAGCUGACCGUCAGAAUGCCUAGGUGUUCUAACCUCCUGCAGCUAGCUGACCGUCAGAAUGCCUAGGUGUUCUAACCUCCUGCAGCUAGCUGACCGUCAGAAUGCCUAGGUGUUCUAACCUCCUGCAGCUAGCUGACCGUCAGAAUGCCUAGGUGUUCUAACCUCCUGCAGCUAGCUGACCGUCAGAAUGCCUAGGUGUUCUAACCUCCUGCAGCUAGCUGACCGUCAGAAUGCCUCGGUGUUCUAACCUCCUGCAGCUAGCUGACCGUCAGAAUGCCUAGGUGUUCUAACCUCCUGCAGCUAGCUGACCGUCAGAAUGCCUAGGUGUUCUAACCUCCUGCAGCUAGCUGACCGUCAGAAUGCCUAGGUGUUCUAACCUCCUGCAGCUAGCUGACCGUCAGAAUGCCUCAGUGUUCUGUCCAAAUCCUUCACACCAACCAACCCAGAUAAAAGGGAUGUCUUGAAAAUAUUGUCUGAUUUUGAAGUGGGUUUUGUUUGUAUAAUUUACAGGAGAACAGCCGGAUCAAAGUCCAUAUACAUUACCAGUGUUUAGUAUUCCAGGGUUUAGGGCCCAUCCAUGUGUUACAGCUGCUUUAAUUCAGUCCCAAAUCAACCCCUAGACCCUAACCUCUAGACUACACUCCCUACUCGUGAAGAAAGUAUAGGGCUAAGCAAUAUGGUGGAGCUACUACCAUAUUGCUAUAUCUAUCCAAUACAUUCAGUGUUUCCCGUAGUUGGGGGUCGUUAGCGCAAUGACUGGAAGUCUAUGGGAAUGAAUCUAGGGGAAACACUGCAUUCUGAUCUAGACAAGUAGGGACUAGGGGUUGAUUUAGGAUUGGGUGCAUGUAUCUCUCUGUGCGUCAUCUGUUGUAUUUUGUUGUAUAGUACCAACUAACUUGGACCUCCCUGUUGUAUAGUACCAACUAACUUGGACCUCCCUGUUGUAUAGUACCAACUAACUUGGACCUCCCUGUUGUAUAGUACCAACUUGGACCUCCCUGUUGUAUAGUACCAACUAACUUGGACCUCCUUGUUGUAUAGUACCAACUAACUUGGACCUCCUUGUUGUAUAGUACUAACUUGGACCUCCUUGCUGUAUAGUACCAACUAACUUGGACCUCCUUGUUGUAUAGUACUAACUUGGACCUCCUUGUUGUAUAGUACCAACUUGGACCUCCCUGUUGUAUAGUACCAACUAACUUGGACCUCCCUGUUGUAUAGUACCAACUAACUUGGACCUCCCUGUUGUAUAGUACCAACUAACUUGGACCUCCUUGUUGUAUAGUACCAACUUGGACCUCCCUGUUGUAUAGUACCAACUUGGACCUCCCUGUUGUAUAGUACCAACUAACUUGGACCUCCCUGUUGUAUAGUACCAACUAACUUGGACCUCCUUGUUGUAUAGUACCAACUUGGACCUCCCUGUUGUAUAGUACCAACUUGGACCUCCCUGUUGUAUAGUACCAACUUGGACCUCCCUGUUGUAUAGUACUAACUAACUUGGACCUCCCUGUUGUAUAGUACCAACUAACUUGGACCUCCCUGUUGUAUAGUACCAACUAACUUGGACCUCCCUGUUGUAUAGUACCAACUAACUUGGACCUCCCUGUUGUAUAGUACCAACUAACUUGGACCUCCCUGUUGUAUAGUACCAACUUGGACCUCCCUGUUGUAUAGUACCAACUAACUUGGACCUCCCUGUUGUAUAGUACCAACUUGGACCUCCCUGUUGUAUAGUACUAACUAACUUGGACCUCCCUGUUGUAUAGUACCAACUAACAUGGACCUCCCUGUUGUAUAGUACCAACUAACUUGGACCUCCCUGUUGUAUAGUACCAACUAACUUGGACCUCCCUGUUGUAUAGUACCAACUAACUUGGACCUCCCUGUUGUAUAGUACCAACUUGGACCUCCCUGUUGUAUAGUACCAACUUGGACCUCCCUGUUGUAUAGUACCCACUUGGACCUCGUUAUGAAUCAGCUUGUGUUAUUGUUUGUCUGAAAAACUCUUGUUACUGAAUACUAACGUUCCUCCUCUCCACAUAGUUAUACCCUUUUCACACUAUAAUAGCAACCAAAAAUGUACUGUACUAGCUCAGAUAUUUUUUAAAUGUAUGGUUUAUUUGGGUAGGGACCGAUACACACACGGUCUUCUCCUACACGGUUCCAGCAUCUAUGGUUAAUGAGUAACCAGGCCAGCUUGGUUUGCUCAGCAGUGUGAAAAAGUUAUUGGAAUCAAAAUUUGUCAAGCAGAUUGUCAUACUGUGGUAAACAAUACUGUUAUUUUGUGUAGACUACACUACUCAGCAGAAGUAUACGUUUGUGACAGGAAACAGUGUUACCGUGACUCUUCCUAGUGAUAUUAACUUGUAGAUUUCUGACUCUGUAAUUCCUUGGAAUGACGCUUUAUGUCAAGUAUAAAGGAAAACUGACAUUCCCAGCUUUGAAGGGUAAACAUUCAUGCCUCCUCGAAGCUAAGCUAUUAUUCGUCCUUGUAUCAGUUAAUUUUAAAUGUAUGUGUUUGCUAAUGUUUUUAUUUAUUCAAUUGUUUAUUUUUGCACUUCUGUUACUUUGCGUUGAUGAUUCCCUGUGAAGUGAAUAUCCAUUCUAAUGCUGAACAAAAAUAAUUAUUACUGCAAGUGUUUUCAAAUCUAUUUUGAGAUGUAUAUGUUGUGGACCAUAUGAUUUAUUAUCUGUGCAAUAAAGAUGUUAUACAGGAGUGUUCGGUAAGUCAAUCAGGAAAAAAUAUUAUUGAAUCAUUUGAAUGAUACGAUGUACAUGUUUCAACAUUGAAUUAUUGUUAAUAUAACUAACUACAUUAAAGUCAUUGAAUCAAUACUA